CCUUUUCAUUUGUCACACAAGCCACUACCCCUUGGAUAUGUCCUCCCCAAAACAAAGAGCAUUUUAACUCCUUCUAUACCCACUUUGGACUUUUAAACACUUUCCUAGAAACACACCAAAACCCUUGAUAAUUUCGAAGGUAAUCAAAAAAAUAGAUGAUAAAGUUUGGAUUUUGUUAUGUGGGUCUCAAUGGGGUUUUAGUCCAUUUCAAAGCCCUUUUCAGAAUUUGACAUUUUUCAUAUGUUUCAUCGGAUUUCCCAUUAUUACUUCAGAUAUAUUCAGUGACCCAUUUCGAAUUUUUAACGGAUUAAUGUCAGGAAUGGGUCAAGAAGACGGAUCUUCGUCUAUAAGUUCCUCCCCACUUCACUUAUUCUCUCUAAUGUCACUCUCACCUGGUAUCGGAUCACCAUAUCCAUGGCUACGAGAAAUGGAAUCCGAAGAACGUGGAUUAUACCUCAUCCGCCUCCUCGUCGCCUGUGCUAACAACGUCGCCGCCGGCAGCAUCGAGAAUGCCAACAUCGAACUCGAGCAGAUUAAUCGUCUUUCAUCCUCCGAUGGUGACACAAUGCAAAGAAUCGCAGCUUAUUUCACUGAAGCUCUCGCUAAUCGAAUGCUCAAAGGGUGGCCUGGUUUAUACAAAGCUAUAAACUCCACGAAAAUCACGUCAAUUUCCGAAGAGAUUCUUACAAAAAGAUUGUUUUUUGAUCUCUGCCCGUUUUUGAGACUGUCGUAUUUGAUCACUAACCAGGCGAUUCUUGAAGCCAUGGAAGGCGAAAAGAUGGUUCACAUUAUCGAUCUUUGUUCUUCAGAGCCUGCGCAAUGGAUUAAUCUUCUUCAAGCGUUAAGAACACGUUCCGAAGGUCCACCACAUUUGAGAAUCACAGGUAUUCAUCAAGAAAAAGAAGUAUUAGAACAAAUGGCUCUUCGAUUAAACGAAGAAGCUGAGAAAUUAGACAUCCCGUUUCAGUUUAAUCCAAUCGUAACCCGAUUGGAGAAUCUUGAAAUGGAACAAUUACGUUAUAAAUCCGGUGAAGCUUUAGCAAUCAGUUCGGUUCUUCAACUUCAUACUCUAUUAGCGUUCGAUGAUGAAACGAUUAAAAGAACUCAAAGCCCAUCAUCGAAUCGAAUUCUUAUAAAUUCACAAACUUUAGGUGAUUUUCUGAAAAAAGAUAUUGUAAACCCAUUUAGCCCGAGUCCCGAUUCAACUUCCUCAUCACCAUUGAUGCUAAAUUCCGGGAAAAUCAUGAGCUUUUUGAACGCCCUUUGGAAUCUUUCACCAAAACUAAUGGUGGUAACUGAACAAGAAUCGAACCACAACGGGUUUACUUUAAUGGAUCGAGCACUUGAAGCUUUGAUCUUUUAUGCAGCUCUAUUCGAUUGCUUAGAAUCUACAGUUCCAAGAACAUCAGUCGAUCGACAAAAAGUUGAAAAGAUGUUAUUUGGGGAAGAAAUCAAGAACAUUAUAGCUUGCGAAGGGCUUGAAAGAAAGGUGAGACAUGAGAAGCUUGAGAAAUGGAUUCCGAGGUUUGAAUUGGCGGGAUUUGGACGUGUUCCAUUGAGUUAUAAUGGGAUGUUGGUGGCUACAAGAUUGUUGCAGAAUUAUGGGUAUGAUGGUUAUAAGAUUAAAAAUGAAAAUGGGUUUUUGGUUAUUUGUUGGCAUAAUCAACCGUUGUUUACGAUUUCAGCUUGGAAGUUUGGGAGGUACAGUUAGUGUGUAGUUUGUAAUCAUGGUGAAUUGUUCUUUGGUUUCUUUUUUUUUUGUUUGCUUACUUUUGUGUAUAAAAACAACGAUGCCCUCUUUUCUGAGCUUCAUAAAUGUAUGAUCAUCUGUUUGACUAAUAAAAUACUUCAAGAUC